UCGUUACGGCACGUGCGUGGUGUUUCCACGACUGUCGGCGAAAUUAAAUAAUCCAAGGUCGUCGUGGCGGUGAGAGCAAGGUCAUCAGGGUCGCGGAAUCGCGAGGAGAAUGUGGAGGAAAGACGCGACCAGGCUGGCCAGAGUGAUCGUCAUCGCCACGCUGAUUUCCCUGACUGUUGACGGGACCGCCGCCGGAAGCUGCAGCUCCGCAAAGCUCUGUUGCCAAGGCAGGGACUCGGGCUGCGUCAUUCAAAAAGAAUCUCCGAACGCGAUUAUCGAGAGCCCGCGCGACAAACCGUGCUACUGCGAUCACGCAUGUCUCAAACUCGCCGAUUGCUGCGACGACUUUAAGGAGACCUGCGGUGUGGUCGACUGCGUGGUGAGCGAAUGGAGUCCAUGGACUCCUUGCGAUAACGGAUGCGGAAGUGGCACUCAAAGGCGCAGCCGAGUGAUCGAGAUCGAGGAAAAGAAUGGCGGAAAGCACUGUCCGCACUUGGACCAGGAGAGGACAUGCCGCAGCUUCCAAAAAUGUCACGCUGGAAUUCGCUCGCAGUCACAUGUUAAAAGUGUGACGCUUCUUGAGAUUUUUCCGAGCGACGGCAACAGUACGGAUGUAAGGAUCAAGGAUAGGAUCGUCGAUAAAAGAGGCAGCUGCAUUCCUUUCACCAUUACGUGGAGUUCACGAGGUUGUGGCAAGUUUUUGGAAUUGCUCUCGCAAGGUUUAUCCAUUUGCGUGGAGCGUCCCGGUAACGAGAGUCUGGACAAAUACGUGGGCGUGAACAAGUGGAAACUAUCGACCAAUAUUGCUGGUAGCAGUAAUCAAUACAGCCAAUCGACCAGUUCGAUCUGUCACGGAAGAUGGUACGGCGAUUCGAAGCUGGUAGAUUGUCACGAUUGGCGAUGCGUCCGAAAAUCGACUCCGUACACCACGCAAUGGCUCCGACGUCGACGUCGCAGGGGAGCAAAUAGCAAUGCCGUCGUCAACAAUACGGAUAGAGUCAUAAGAAGGCGAAGAAGAGGCAGACGACGGAAGAGGAGUAGAAGAAGAAGGCGCGACGUCGCUGUCGCGAAGCGGUGA